GUUAGAUGUGUCGCACAGUGAAAUAUCCACAUUUUGCGAUAUGUAACAAAACCAAACACAACAAUAAUUCUAUGUUGUAAUUCGUUCAUUGGCUGAGCGGCUUCGGCGAUGAUUGGCCAGAAUUAUCGGCCAGAAUUAUCUGUAAUUUCUGUCAGCUGUGGGAGUUGGGAGGCUGGACCAGACACGGGGCCCAGACUGGACACGGGGACCAGACUGGACACGGGGCACGCAGCAUCCACACAGCAUCAGACAUGGCUCGUUUCCCAUCCCAUAAUUGCUUCGUUUUUGCACUGCUGAUUUUCCAUUCUCCUGGUGUGUGUGGUUUGUUUGAAUGGAUGAGAAAAACAGAGUCUGGACCAGCUCCAUCCCAGCCUGCAGCCUCCUCAUCUGCAGCCUCCUCAUCUGUAGCUUCCUCAUCUGUAGCUUCCUCAUCUGUAGCUUCCUCAUCUGCUCUUCUGACCAAAGACGCACAGUUUGAAAUGGCUUUAGUUGAUGAGAAGUUUUUAGCAGAGGCUAAACAAAUGCAGUUGAGUCCACUGGAUAGCUGUCAUCACAAGGUUGUUGCUCGACUGAAGUCCAGUUGUGAAAGCCUGUCUGAAGAACAGCUGGCUAAACUCGGGGUACUUCUAUUCAACUGUCAAGCUGAGAUCGAGGGUCGCAGGACGUACCCUUGUACGGAAGAGAUGACCAUAAAAGAAUGCACAGCAGCUAUGGACCCUGACACGUGGAAUGCCUAUCACAUAGUGAGCAACAGAGCCCGGUCUGUGUGCUAUGCCACUCGUCAGAUGCUGUUCCGUCGCAGGGCAGAACACACCGUAAAUGCCCUCAUCUCCACAGCCACCAGCCAACUCGAUGCAAUGAAAGAUCUGAAGGAGGGCCAGCUUGAGCUAAAGCAGCUGACCUCAGCCUCCUUGGAAAAAGUGCUUGAAGGCCACAGCGCUCUUCAGACUCAGCAGAACAAACUUUAUGAAGAACAAGAACAUAUGCAGACAUCAUUGAAGGACAAUUUGGAGCGUCUGGGACAGGAAAAGGCCCUAAUCGCUUCAGGACAGGCACUGGUAGCACAGCUCAUCCAAGGAAUCACACAAAAAAUGGAAAAUGUCAGUGAGCAUCUUCAGGUUCAAAGCUCUGACGUGCAAGAUGGCCACCAGGCUAUAGUGAAAGACCUCGCAGACGUCAGACACCAAGCUCAGGACAUCUACCACAAAAUAGACUCCAGUAUGGUGGAGUUUCUGCAGUAUCAGGACCAAACCUCCCAGUACUACUCUGAUCUUAUGACUAAACUGGAGCGCAUGAACAGCACACUUGGCUUUGUACUGCACUAUCUGGAUAACAUGCAGAGCAGGAUUGAGGGUCGGCUUCAAAUGAUUCAAAGCUACCUCGGAUGGGCAGGGUUGAGUUUAACAGCCCUGUGGACAUGCAUGGCUCAUACAGGUUACUUUGUCCUUGGUGCUGUCCUAUUGACAUUUCUUCGUUGCCGUGUUUUUUCUCGAGCCAUGCUGCUGUUUACAGUGCCCCUGAACGCAAUAGCAGAAGUGAACCAACAGCCAGCACUUGAUCUCUGUAGCCUGAGCCUCCUCCUCCUCACACUCUCCCUCUGUUAUUGGUUUAUUGGACAACUGUGCUCUUGUCUCCAUAGUACCCCUAAACCAACUGUCCCUCUCCCGCUGGGCCCAUGUGAAAUCGUUGAGCCACAAAAACCAGUCACUUCUUCCCCUUCUUACCCACCUCCCUCUACACCUGUGAGAGAAGAAAAUGAUGAGUUAUCUGGGAAAAGUGACUUGCUCAAUCAAGAUAGCUUCAUAUCAGGUGACCUUUGCAUAUCAGUGGUGUCUCCGUCUCACAAGAGGACACUGGCAGAGUCCCUCCACAGUCACUCAACCCCAAGGACCCUAGUGAAGCCUGUUCUGUCUGCGGCUCUUGUUGAUGACAUUCCUCUGAGAAACUUGGGAGGUGUGUUUGAUGCUGUGAAUGACUCUCAUGAUUUGGUAAAUGACUCCAGAAGUGCGAGUCCCAACCCCUCCCUCAUCACCAACAGUUCAUUAUCAGGACGUCUCCUCUGCAAUGGCACCACCAAAACAGGAAAGGCCUGUAAGAAGAGGGCUCUGCUGGGACAGGAGUACUGUAGAGUUCAUGAGGGAGGACACUCCUCCUAUGUAAAUUAAUACUUGAAUUUUUUUUGCAUGUAAUCUGAUACAUCAGCAUUACUCAUUAUGAUUUUAAAUGUCCCAUUUUAUGUGUUUAUGUACAUUCGGUUUUACUUAUUUAAGCCCAGUAAUGCAAUGCUUGAGAAUUUCAAUAAAGAACUUUUUGGU